AUGAAGUUUGGAGCCUCCAUCCUUGCCCUCGCCUUCUCGGGCGCAGCUGCCUUUCAACCUGCUGCCGUCCCAAGGACCUCUGAAACUGCUUUGUUCUCUAUGACCCCAAUUGCGGGAACUGGAGCCUCUGGAGCGGGAGUUGCUCCUGUCGCUGGACGUACUAUGGCCGCCCCUGGUUUGGUUCGUGCUGCCGGUGUCCCAACUGAACAAAUCUGGGACAUGUCUCAACCAAUUACCGUCCAAGGAGGAUCUUUGAAGACCUGGUCUUUCCCUUCUCCAUUCGUAGAACGCGUCCAAAUUGUCAUGAGAACCGAUGGCCGUCCUUUGGAUGCCAACCUUGAAUUGUGGCAGGGACCCGACAAUACCCCAUACAAGAUGCGUGUUUACGUCGAAGAUGGUAUGGCCCGUACCUUCAGCGCCGUCAUUGAAACUCCUCGUGACGAACAAAACACCAUCUCCAUCCGUAACACUGCUCAAUUAGAGUUCCCCCUGGUUGCUGGUGUUGUUUCAGAGGAUGUUCGCGGAGGACCACCUCUUGGUGAUCGUCAAGUUUCUGAGCGCCCCAGCACCAUCCAGGGAGGAGCCCUCAGAACCUACCCCUUUAACCCCAGUGUUGAGAGUGUUCAAGUUUUGUUGACCACUGAUGGACGUCCUCUGAACGCUCGCAUCGAGUUGCUUCAAGGUCCUAACAACAUCAAGCAGGUUAUGGAAGUCUACACUGAAGAUGGUAUGGAGCGUCCUUUCUAUGCUGUCGUUGAGACUCCAGGAACUGGAAACGUUGUCCGUGUUGUUAACACUGCCAGUAUGGAAUUCCCCAUGACUGCCGCUGUUGAAGCUUUCGAAAUUGGUGAUGGCCGAUACUGGAGCGAUGGUGUCCUUUUGGGAGGCAUGUAA